AGCCUCCGGCACACAGGAAACAUGAACUUGAGGAUUGUCCUCGCCGCAUUUGCUCUCUUGAUCCUUCAUGUAUCUGAGGCCAUAUUUCCUGUAAUCGUUGACUGUUGCACCGAAGUAGCCUAUCACAUUUCCAGAAGACGGCUAAGGACAGUUGUGAAGUUUAAGAUUCAGAAGGAUGAAGUAUGCAAAAUACCAGCUGUGAUUCUUUACACAAAACACAAAAAGCUAUGCGUAAGUCCACAGAAUAAACAUGUUAAGAGAUGGAUAAAACAAAAAGGGAAAAGUCGUCGAAGAACCAGUCGUCAUUUUAGAAAGAGGAAGAAAGCUCCAAAAGGAAGGAAAACAGAGAGAAAACUGUAG